CCAUCCAGAAGUGCUGUGCGUACCGGAGGGAUCAUGAAGUAUCUUGUGGCUGUUUUGGUCUGUGCGGUGCUCGCAGAGGGAAUCGUCAAGAUCCCUCUGCAUAAGAACAAGUCUAUGCGUGAGGCGCUGAGAGAGAAAGGCAUCGAGCUGCCUUACCAGGAUCCGGCACUCAAGUACCAGCCUGAUGAGUUCUAUGGCUCUGCCAACAUGUACAUCAAUAACUAUGCUGAUACCACCUACUAUGGCGCCAUCAGUAUUGGAACACCCCCCCAGUCCUUCCAGGUGCUGUUUGACACCGGCUCUGCCAACCUGUGGGUGGACUCCAUCUACUGUAACACUGAGGCCUGCAACACACACACAAAGUUCAACCCCAGCCAGUCCUCUACCUACUCUCGCAAGGGACAGUCCUUCUACCUGCCCUACGGAGCUGGAAGCCUCUAUGGAGUCUUUGGAUAUGACACUGUCAAUGUCGGCGGCAUUGAGAUUCCUAACCAAGAGAUUGGUCUGAGCACAGACGAGCCUGGUCAGACCUUCGUGGUGGCCAAGUUUGAUGGCAUCCUCGGCCUGUCCUAUCCAACCAUCUCAGCCGGAGGAGAGACUCCCGUCAUGGACAACAUGAUUAAUCAAAACCUGCUGAGUUCCAACAUUUUCGCUUUCUACCUGUCCAGGGGAGGACAGGAGGGCAGCAUGCUCUCUUUUGGAGACGUGGAGAACAGCUUGUACGAGGGCCAGAUCUACUGGACGCCUGUCACCUCUGAGACCUACUGGCAGAUCGGCAUUGAGGGAUUCGAGAUCAACGGUCGACAGACUGGCUGGUGCUCUCAGGGCUGCCAGGCCAUUGUGGACACUGGAACCUCCACGCUGACAGCCCCAGGCCAGUUUCUGGGUUACAUCAUGCAGGCCAUUGGAGCCCAACAGAGCCAGUAUGGCAUGUACACGGUGGACUGCAGCCAGGCCAACAACCUGCCAACUCUCAGCUUUUAUAUCAGCGGCAUUAAUUUCCCUCUGUCUCCCUCUGCUUACAUCAUUCAGCACUACCAGAAUGGAUACCAGUUCUGCUCAGUGGGCAUCACACCCACCUACCUGCCCUCUCGCAAUGGCCAGCCCCUGUGGAUCCUUGGAGACGUGUUCCUCAGAGAGUACUACUCUGUCUAUGAUCGCACCAACAACCGUGUUGGCUUUGCCACAGCUAUCUAAGUGUCGUCAGUGUAACCUAACCAUGACCAUAAACCUGAUCAGACAGUGACAACUAAGUCUGUUUCAAAUAUUGCCAAAGCUUCAGUUCAUCUCAAACAUCUGUUUUGAAUGAUACUGUAAUAUAAUAUUGUUCUACAUGUCUUGUAUUGUGCAUCCCUAAAUUGGUAUGUACAGAUUUACAUGGAUUUGUAUGUUCAAAACAAAAAAAAUGUUUCAUUAUCAAGCAGAAUAAAGGUUAAAAUGUUCACUGCAA